AUGACAAAUAAACAUGAGCUGAAGAUGAAACAAUUACAAAAGUACAAAAUAAUGGACACUGCUACAAAACAAAAUCUGCAAGACAAAAAAGCAGACCAACACAAAACAAUGGAUACUGCGAAGAAGCAAAAACUUCUUGAGAAAUGCAGAGAGGAAUACAGUUACUGUUGUAGUAAGAAGACAGUGGAUUCAUGUGUGGAACAGUUUAAAAAGAAAAUAAGGGAAAGUCCUUGUUAUAUAUGUUUUGUAUGUAACACAUCACUUUAUAAAACAUAGGCAUGUGUAGCAUGCAAGAGUAAUUUUUUUGGCUGGGUGGGUUGAGAUUGGACAGUUUGUGUACUUAAUGUUUUUAUUUUUGUAACCGAAAAUGGCACAAUUUUCAAAAGAACCAAAAUAUAGCAGAGAGACAGAGAAAAAAACCUAAUUUAUCUGAACUCACAUGGAUAUUAUGUUUAUUAUUGUCUAAAUACCAUACUUCUAAGUAAAAAUGAAAUACUUUGGUGCCGUGCUUACUGUUGUCUCCUUUGCAGCUGUUGUUUGGUCUCAUCGCACAAUGCCCUCUAUUUCCCAUUUAAGAGAGAGCAUGACUGGCUGUUGCCUCUCUGGACUUUUCCCUCUGUGUAUGGAAUACGUGAUAAAAUGCAGGUUGUUUUACAAGGAAUUAAUGUGCAAUUGAGUUAAGUCCAAGGUAGCUAAACGCAAAUUUUAUUUGAACAAAAAGUCGAAAUGAGGGAGAAUUGCAUAGAAAGUUCACUAUCAAUAGCAUUUAGUUCCAUGUCAAUUUUUUUUCCAGUGGGCUUGGACAAUGCAGUCAGAAUACAUGAUAAAAUGCAGGUUGUUCACAAGGAAAUGACAUGUGAUCGAACAAAGUCUAAUGUGGCAAUGUGGAAUUUGAUUAUGAAAAAUUUCCCAAUGUUCAUGUGGUGCAAUGAUUGGGUAAGUUCUAAUUGGACUUUGGACAUUCUUUUCAUGGUAUGUGGUGGAAUGUGAGCUGUUUGGCAUGUGCAUUGGGAGUAAAAAAGUGGAAAAACAGAUUUAUCUUAAAAAUUUAGAUGUGAACUUUUCUUAUCCCGAUAAAUCUUGACCUUAAUUAAUGAGGCUCUCACAAAGGCCACAAACCAUCACACUUAACAAAUGAGCCCAAAUUUUCUGGUUAAUGUCAUUCUUUGUGCACAGACCCCUGAUCCAUGACAUAAUUUACAAGAAAACAAUACCCAAAGGCUGUGAUUGGUGCAAGAUAUCUAAAUGCUAUGAUAUGAUUGGUGUGAGAUACAUUCACAGAUGUGGCAAUCUGAUUGGUGCGAGAUACAUACCCUAAUUCAGCAAUCUGAUUGGUGCAAGAUAAAUACUCUAAAGCAGCAAUCUGAUUUGUGCAAACAACACACCACUCUAUACACUAACAUAGAGUUUUUUAAUUUUAUUUUUUUAAAUAAUAUUUCAAAAAUAUGUCUUAAAAUUGAACCCAAGUAG